AUGGUUGUGAAAAUCACGUUCACGCCGUUAUAUGGCGUGCAUACCGACCAUCAUGCGCUUGCAUUUGUUCUUAGCAUUGAUCAUUUCAAUAUUCUACUUGACUGCGGCUGGACAUCUGCCUUCGACCCACAGUAUCUUGCCAAUCUCGCCAAGGUGGCACCCUCUAUUCACGUCGUGCUUCUCUCCCACCCGGACGUUGCACAUGUCGGUGCGCUUCCCUACGCUGUAGCCAAGCUCGGUCUCAAAGCUCCAAUUUUUUCGACUCUCCCCGUUUGGCGAAUGGGGCAGAUGUUCAUGUACGAUACGUUUCUUUCGCUUGAAGCGCAGUACCCAUUUGAGGUGUUCAAUCUUGAUGACGUUGACGCCGCCUUUGAGUUGUCGUCUCAUCCUGAAGGUCAUCCGGCAGGUCAUGCCGAGGGUGCCACUCGAUAUCAUCUGCUAAAAUAUCAGCAACUCUUUCCAUUAGAUCCCUUUCCGAAGGGAAAUGGAAUCGUCAUCACACCCCACGCUGCGGGGCAUAUGCUCGGAGGGACUGUAUGGAAUAUCACGAAGGAUACCGAAAGCAUUGUGUACGCAGUAAAUUUCAACCAUCGAAGGGAACGGCAUCUCAAUCCCACUACCCUGCCUUCAUUCUCUCGGCCCAGUCACUUAAUUGUUGGCACAUCGGGAGCGUUGACACGCACAGCUGCGAAGAAGACAGGCGAACUAAUCUCGCGUAUCAAGUCCGUGCUCAGGUCUAGAGGGAAUGUGUUAAUCCCAGUAGACACGGCAGGAAGGGUUAUCGAAAUCGCUGUUCUUUUACAUGACGUUUGGAGUACUGAUAAGGACCUUGGUCAAGUACCCCUCGUCAUUCUUCAUGAUUUAUCAACAAGGACUUUUGAGUUUGCUCGUAGCAUGAUAGAGUGGAUGAGUGAUGAAGUGGUGCGCAAAUUCGAUAUAUCGCGCGAGAAUCUUUUCAUAUUUAAGCACAUAAAGCUGUGUCGUUCGCUGAAGUCCUUGGAAGCUUACUCUUCGCCGAUGGUUGUCCUUGCGUCGUCGGCAUCAAUGGAGAUGGGGUUUGCGCGACAGCUUUUUGCGAGGUGGUGUCAAGAUCCUCGAAAUGGUAUUAUUCUCGUAAACCAGCCCGAACCCGACACAUUGUACUCAAGAUUAUUCAAACAUUGCAAAGAAUCUGCAGAUGAAAAAAGGACAUCUCCGCUCUCUAUGAAGCUUCUAAUGAGAAGCAAGGUCUAUCUUCAGGGCCAAGAAUUGGAAGCAUGGCGGGAAUCUGAACGAAUUCGCAUUGCCCGGGAGCAAGAAGAGGAACGAAAAAUGCUCGAGCAGCAAAGAUUGGAGAAAGAGGCUGAAGAUGCUGCGCUGUCCGAGAUUUCCAAUCCAGCACAAGGCAGUAGCACCACUGGAGGCAUGAAUCAAGCCAAGAAGCUGACAGAGGAUUCGCUGGCAAUCACAAAAUCAGUCCCAGAUCUGCAAGAUCCCGAAGCAUACGAUAAGCACACCUACGCUCAGCUCCAACGCAUAGGAGUAAUUUCUUCGAAACCCCAAGUUCCUGUGUUUCCCUUCUCAGAGACGCACCGGCCGUCAUGGGACGACUACGGUCAGAUACUAGAUACUACCCGUUUUAUGAUCGGCGAAGACCCCGGCGAAGGAGCUCCUAAUCGCAACAUCCAGGCAACAGAGGUCAACGAAAACAAGAUUGAAGAAGAUCAGUCGGCUGGGGAGGUUAUUCCGACAAAGUACAUUGAAGAAGAGCUGGUGUAUAAUGUGAACUGUGCUAUUUAUUAUGUCGAUAAUUCUGGGCAGAGCGAUGGUGAUUCCCUGAAGCGGCUGGUUAAGGAGGUCGAACCACGGCACGUAACGUUGGUUGCUGGGACAGAGGAAGAAACAGCACAUUUGCAACAGUUUCUCUUCUCAAACUUGUACAGCGCAACUAAUCUGCGUUCCGCUGGAAAAGAGAAAAAUUCGACGGAUGUCAGAUCAGUUGUUGUAGCGCCAGCUCGGCUAGAAACUGUGGAGAUAACGAGCCAUACCUUUGUGCGUGCUGUGAGGCUACAAGACGCAAUGGUUGCAGAGCUAGCAUGGAGCCAGGUCGGCUUCUCAGAUAUCGCAUUCCUUGACGCGAGAGUAGAUGCAGAUAAUAAUGGAGAAGGACAGCUAAUUUUGAGGGACCCAAAGGCUUCUGUGCUAGACCAUGAUGAUAGUAUGGAAAUUGACCAUCCGCAAGUAACUUCUAAUGAGAUCCGCAGCAUUAACGUUCAGUUUGCGGGUCAUCCAACCGUAUUUGUUGGAACUAUCAUGCUAAAUAGAUUGAAGGACGUGUUGUCCAAGGCUGGGAUGAAAGCCGAAUUUGCUGGUGGGGCGCUUUGCGUCGAAAACGCAGAAACUGGUGCUGUUGUUCUUUUGAAGAAAACCAGUGCUCAACAAGUGGUGAUGGAAGGAGCCCUAUCAGAAGAAUACUUCUCAGUCAGGGACCUUUUAUACGAGGAGCUCGUAAUUCCACAAUGA